AUGAAUGAAACCGAACUCCUUGCAAUCAAGACCACUCACUUGACCUAUACCUUUCCUCAGACUGAUAAAGUUGGUCUUGCCGACAUCAACUUAGACAUUCCAUGGGGAACAUCCAACUUGCUUAUUGGUCCAAACGGGGCCGGUAAAUCUACACUUUUGAAAAUCCUAGCCGGUAAGACUUUAACCAAGGCUGGCUCUGUGUUUGUAAACGGCUCCGAUCCUUUCAGAGCUAGCAACGGGAACAAUGGCCUUAUCCACACAACCUACCUCGGAACGGAAUGGGCCUCCAACCCCAUUGUGCGGAGAGACAUUCCGGUGGUUGUCCUUUUGGCGUCUAUCGGGGGUAACGAUUACCCCGAAAGAAGAGAUUUAUUGGUUAAACUCUUGGAUAUUGACAUCACCUGGAGGAUGAACAACGUCAGUGACGGUGAGAGGAGAAGAGUCCAGUUGGCCAUGGGCUUGCUCCAACCCUGGAAGUUGUUGUUGUUAGACGAGGUUACCGUCGAUUUGGAUGUCUUGGUGCGUAACGAGUUGUUGAAGUAUUUGAAGAGCGAGUGUGUGACUAGAGGCUGCUGUGUAAUAUACGCCACCCACAUCUUUGAUGGGUUAGGCAAUUGGCCUGAUAAAAUCAUCCACAUCUCUGGUGGUGGUAAGUUGGACGAUGUGCAGUUGCAUGACAUUGACUUCAGCGGGGCCUCCACUGUAAGCCAAUCGCUUACCGUCACAGAUAACAACAAUAAGCGGACGAUGCAGUUGACCGCAGUACCCUCCUUGCACCCAUUGGCAUUGUACUGGUUAACCGAAGAUAUCUUGUCUAGAGGUUUAGACAGAGAGCAAGGUGAGAAGAACCGUCCAUCGUGGGAUGAAUUGAAGGAGAGGAUGGAAGGUUUGUUCUACGACGGUGACUCUUCCAGAGUUACCGAGUACUUUAAGAAAACCAGAAAGACUUAG